AAAAAGAAACAACAUGUCUUCAAUCCUUGUUGUCGGUGUUUUUGGCACUGAUGGUAAACUCUCAACCACUGCUCAAACUAUUUUUACCUCUAAAUUCCAAGACAACAAAUUCUUAAAGAACAAUUCAUGGGUUGGCACUGAUCGUAGUGUUGAAUUGUCCUUGUUGAAUGUUGAUGAUGUUUUUGAGACUAGUUUCACUCUCAGAAAUACUAUUGAAAAGAUUGUUUUUGUUGGUGUUGCUCAAAAGGAAAAGAAGCCUACAGAAAAUUCAAGUGUUUUUGAACUCUCAUCACAAUAUAGUCAACAAGCUGUUGCUGAUAGACAUGAAUUUGUUACUCUCAACCAAUCUAUUAGAAAUCAAGUAACAACUCUUGUUGAAUCCAUCAAGAAGGAUAAGAAGGAUGAAAAAUUCGUUAUUUACUUUGAUGAUUUCAAUGGUCAUUCACAAGCUGUUGCUGAAGGUGCUGCUUUGGCUACUUGGAAAUUUGAUUUGGACUUUGAUAAGUUUUUGGCUCCAAUCUUUGGUCGUGAUGGUUUAUUGUUGAAUUCAUUCAAGGCUCUCCCAUCGGCCACUGAAAAUGAUCAAAAGCAAUUCAAGACUGGUAUUAUUACUGGUAGCUCUCAAUUGUUCAGUAGAUAUAUUUUGGAACUUCCAGCUAACUAUUGUACACCAAUCAAAUAUUGUGAUUUACUUAAAUUGAAGAUUGAAAAGUAUUCAUUGUUCGUCAGUCAAGAAUUCCUCUCUGCCAAGAGUAAGAUUAAUGUCUACGAUGAAGAAUGGGCUAAAUCAAAGGGUAUGGGAUCAUUCCUCUCCGUUACUGCUGGUACUAGUGCUCCAGCUAGAGUUUUGGAAGUUGUCUAUACUAACAAUUCUCAAAAGAAGGCUGAUGAAUACGAUUUGGCUAUUCUUGGUAAGGGUAUUACUUUCGAUUCUGGUGGUAUUUCAUUAAAGCCAGGUGAAGGUAUGAAGGAAAUGAAGGGAGAUUGUGGUGGUUCAUCUGCUGCUUUUGGUGCUGCUGUUGCUGCUUUGGAAUUGGAAUUGCCAUUGAAUAUUAUCACUGUUGCCAUGUUGUGUGAAAAUAUGCCAGGUCCAGAUGCUACCAAGCCAGGUGAUGUUGUCAUUGCUAUGAAUGGAAAGACUAUUGAAGUUGAUAACACUGAUGCUGAAGGUAGAUUAAUUUUGGCUGAUGGUUUGUGUUAUUUGAGUGAAAAGCAACCAGAAGUUUUGUUGGAUAUGGCAACUUUGACAGGUGCUGUUAUUAUUGCCCUUUCUCAUGUUACUGCUGCUGUUUACACUAAUUCUCAUGAAUUAUUUGCUGGUUUGGAAAAGGCCUCUUAUCAAACAAAUGAUUACUUGUGGAGAAUGCCAAUUUUCAGAGAUGAAUAUUUGGGUCAAAUGAAGUCAGAUGUUUCUGAUUACAACAAUAUUGGAGGUAGACCAGGUGGUAGUUGUACUGCUGCUACUUUCUUGAGUGAAUUUGUUGAUUUCUCAAAGGUUAAGAAGUGGGCUCACUUGGAUAUUGCUGCUGUUACUCACACUAAGGCAGGAUACACUGGUAGACCAACUCGUGCCAUUGUUGAAUAUAUGCAACAACUCUCAAAAUAAAUUAUUUGAUUUCCUCUU